GUGUUCAACGCGUUGCUGGGUGGAGAGGUUGGGUCGGUCGAAGUUCCCGGCUAGUCAACUAUGCGGUACUAUGAAGAUCCAUGCGGCUAUCCUGCUCGCCAUCACCAUGGUCGUCCAAAUAUCGAGAUUGAUGUGGUUCCCGAUUGGGGUGGCGCAUAUUAUCCGCCGCCGCCUCCGCCUCGGCCCGCCGAGGUUGUCUACAUGACCCCCGCGGUCAGCUACGCGCCCGGAACCCAGGUGAUCAUGCCACAGCCCUACGGCGGAGUCACGGUGGCCUCCAACGGAUACUAUCCCCAGCAGCAGGCCUACGACUACCAGUACCAGUACCAGCAGCCCUACAACAACCCGCCCUACCCGCAGUGGUAGUUGGGCUCCCCGACUACACAAAAACUAUAACCCAAUGUAACCAGUUCACUAGCAAAUAAAGCGUAUCCUCCAAACGAAAGAUAACCCAACCAAAA